AUGCUUAUUGUAACAAUACGUGGCAAUGGUACAACAUGUACUGACAUUGAUGAAUGUUCAAAAAAUCCUUGUCAUAAAGAUGCUUAUUGUAACAAUACGAUUGGAUCCUACAACUGCACUUGCAACAAAGAAUACGUUGGUGAUGGUAAAGUAUGUAAGGAUGCUCCUAAUGUUAUUCUCUCGCCAACACCCAGUCAGGAAAUACCAUACAAAAAGACAGCAAUAUUCACCUGUAUUUUUGAUGGAAAUCCUGCCCCAAACAUUUCCUGGAGUUUUGCAAACAAUCCUUUACCAAAUUCUGCAAACAUUCAAUUACCAAAUUCUACGAACACUUCUUUAACAAAUUACGCAAAACAUGUGAUAUACACAAAUGGAAAUAAAAGCAUCUUGUUGGUUAGAAAUUUAACAAGCAAUGAUUCUGGGAAUUACACGUGUCUUGCAAAAAAUUCUGUUGGAAACGACUCAAAAACAUCACAAUUGAUAGUACUCAGUCCACCUGAUGCACCUAUCAACCUGACAGUGAUUAAUAAAACGAAGAAUUCGAUAUCCAUUCGCUGGAGAGAAGGUUUAUUUAAUGGCAACCGUCCUAUUCAAAAUUUCAGUGUAAAAUUAUUGACAAAAACACCAAGAAACAAGUCCCUUGCUUGAUUUCACCCACUGA